AAUUAAAUGUUCCUGCUUUUACACUGACCUAUACUGCUUGACGCAAACGAGAAUCAUAAACGGAUUUCAGUUAAUAUGUUUAACAAGUUUCUAUAUACGUGGAGGCAUUUUAUUACAACAUUAUUAUAUUAUGUCAUAAAAAUAUAAUAGUGAAAAAAUCGAAAAUAAGACUUAACAUUGUUUAUCUAAUGUAAUGGACAAAUUAGAGAAAACGAAUUACGAAUUUUUUUAUUAUGAUGUUAUAAGGUUAUAGCAAAAGAAUGAGAUUUAAAUAAAUUUUUUUCUUUCAUAAUGAGGAAUAAAUAUUUUGGACAUGGAUAUAAUUAACAUAGAAGAUGUGGAAACUGGUGUUCGUUCAUCUAAAAAUUCUACUUCAAUACAAUGUAAUUGUAUUCAUUCAAAUUCAAUAUGCUAUAUUGCUAUAACAAUUGCUACUCUGGCUCUUUUGGGUGCAAUAGUUUUUAUCUGCAGAGAUUAUAUUAAAGUGUUACUUUAUUGGAUUGAACAUCAAAAUAUAUGGAUCGUUACUGUAAUAUUCAUUGCAUUGUUCACAGUGGUCUCAUUUCCUAUUGUAAUUGGUUAUUUAUUUCUUAUUAUUGCCAGUGGUUAUCUGUUUGGCAUAUUAAGAGGUAUUGUCAUGGUAGUAUUAUCUGCCAAUUUGGGAAUAGCUAUAGCACAUGUAACUCUUAGUUUGUUAUCAUCCAAAUUACCUAUUGGAACUCUUAUGCAAAAUGAUACUGCAAGAGCAAUACUCAGAGUUAUAUCUGGAUCACAAGCUUUCAAAGUUGUGUUACUUGCAAGAUUAACUCCUAUUCCUUUUGGUCUACAAAAUACAAUUUUUGCGAUAAGUAAUAUGGGUGGCAUUCAAUAUCAUAUAGCUAGUGCAUUAGGAUUAUUGCCUGCUCAAAUCAUCAAUAUUUAUUUGGGCAGUAGUUUAAGAUCUAUGCAAGAUGUUCUUGAAGAUAAAUCAACAGCAGCAACUAGUUAUAUUGUCUUCUGUUUUCAAAUUUUAAUAGGUAUUUCAUUGAUGGUAUAUGUUGUACAAAAAGCACGUAGAGAACUUCAACUAGCAUUAUUAGAAGCUGAUCUUGCCUCAAUGGCUGAUACUUCUCAUUAUCUUCUUGAUACAUUACCAGAUUCUAAAAUUGUUUUGACAAAUCUAAUUGCCUAAAAAUGGAAAUUUUUUUUUUGAAAAUGAAAAAACUUUUUCAUUGCAUGUUUCAUAUUUAACAAUUUUAUUUACUCACUAAAAAAAAAAUAGAAUAUUUAAUAAUUUGAAAAAGUUUAAUUUAUUACAGCAAAUAUAAUUAUACACUCAUUUAUAAUAGAUAACUUAUCUUUUCCAUAUAAUAUUAUUAUUGAAAGUAUUGAAUAUUUUGUGAUACAAAUAAUAAUAAUUGUUUUAUCGAAAAUAGUUUAGUAAAAAUUUUUAAAUUCGAAAAAUAGAGCAUCAUGUUCAUAUUAUAUUUAUUAUUUAGAUUUGUGCCAAAUCUUUUUUUUAUAUAUUAAUUAUUUUACAUUUAAAAAUCUUCAUGUAUUAUCUUUAUAAAAAAUUGAGUGCAUUUAUAUUUGUUGAUAUAUAUUAAUUUUUAUGAAUUGUUGGCAGCUUUGCAUUUAUUUUUGCUAAUACAUUUCUAUAUUAUAAUAAGUCUUCCAAAAUAUUUAUUAAUUUGAACUUUACAUAGAAGAAUUGAUUAACUGGGGAAAAAAUUAAAAGUCAAUCAAAUAUGCAAAACAUGAAGAAUAUUAAAAUAAAAAACGAUAAAGUAGAAAACGAUAACUUAUUUUAUUUAAAUAAAAAUAAAAUUUUUUUGUAUAUAAAUUUAAAUUAUCUUUUAUAAUGAGUAUGUUAUAUAAUUAGAUUAUAUAAUUGCAUUGUAUAAAAAAAUGUGCAAAGAAAGAAUGUAUAAAACACAAAAAAUAACUAUACAAUGUACAAUGUAUUGAAAAAAAGAUUUAAACUAUUUGUACAGGAUAUGCAUGAUUUUCAUGAUAUUUUCUGUGAAUGAAUAUGUAUUUUUAUAACUGUGUUAAGAUAAAUUAAAUAUAAAAAGAUCAUAUAAAAAUUGUUUAAAAAAAAAUCCAGGUAUAUAUGAUUUUAGUUAUUUGAUUUCUAUAUAAUAUCUUAAAUAUAAUGUACAGAAUACAGAAUAUUAAUUAAUAUAAAAAGAUUACAUAUUUUCAUUUUUUAUAAAAAAACAGAAUAUUCAUAUUAUAUAAUAUUUAUAUUAUUAUAUAACAAAUUAUUAAAUAAACUUGAUAUGCAUUUGUUUGGGAAGACUGAAAAUAUAAUAAUUAGCUGCAAAUUUGUAUUACUUUGUCAUUAUAUCAUUAUUCAAAAUUUUUGUCAUUUUUCUAUUGUAUUCUAUCCCAUUUUAUACGUUAUUAUAUUAAUUUAAAUUUAAUUUUUUUCAAAUUUAAUUGAUCUGUAUAAUAUCAUAUUUGUCAUAGCUAUAUGUAUUAUAUAUUCUUAUUUCAUUACAUAUAAUUAGUAACUUUGCUUAUUUUGAAUGACUAUGUAUAUAAGAUAUUGUACCAAUUUGAAUGAUAAAUUAAGAUAUACUACAUAAAAAAAAGAACUGCAGUGUACAAAUGUAAUAUAUAUAAUUGUAUUAAAUAAAACAAUUAUUCACAUAUUA